AAGAAGUGGCCAGCCAUUACUAGGGCCUACUCUGACGAAUCCACAUCAAAACAACCUAUUCAGAUCAGACCCGCGUCAUCUGAGGUCGAUGUGGUGGCUGCAGCUCUGCAACAAGACAGCAGGGUAUCGGCCCAAGCGACAUCUGAAUUGCAGCAAAUAAUCUUACAUCCUGAUGUGCUCAGCAAGUUGUCCGACUCAAUCUCCACUGCAAUUAUCUAUGGCCUAAAUGCCAGUACCAGUGUGGUGGAAACUGCGCAGGUUGUGUCAGUAUUAACACCUCACUCGCUAAAUGAGAGUAAUUGUGAAAUAGAACCUGCAGUCCAGGGGUCGGUGACUGGAGCUCUAACUGUGUUAUCAGGUGAGGCUUGCAUAAAUACUCACCUGGACAAGCCGGAAGUGCUAUUCAAUUCAGUCUCAGUCCCAAUAGGGGCCAAAGUUUCAGCCAACCAAAUUUUGGUGCAUAAAUACAUCGAUUUUCGCAUUCUGCUUAAUAGUAAACCAGAUGAUCAAAGUUAUCAACCACCUUUAAGCAAUAACUUAGGCAAUAACAUUUCCACAUUGAGCCCUGAGCCCAAGAAUAAGCCAAGGCACAUAAAUUCACUUAAGCAAUGGACCUCUGUAUUCCAGGUCUUUGUUGGGGUUUAUACAAGUAAAUUUCAAACAUCUGCACCAGCUUUAAUGAAAUAUGGGGAAAUAGUGCAAGAUCUGCCUUUGAGAGGAGGGGGCUGUCGUUAUUAUGACGAGAAUUUAAGAUACCUGAUGCAAAAGCAUCAUAGCACCCUCGCCUGGGAUGCAGUACACUGGGAGUUGUGGCUGCGUGCGCAGAUACAGGAUAAUUCGACCAGUGUUGGGUGCAAUCCAACAGCUGCUCAGUCAUAUCCUAAAGGAUUUUGCUGGCGCUAUCACAAAGGUCAAUUUUGUGGCGGUUGUGCCUUUAAGCAUGAAUGCUUUAAGUGCGGUGCAAAACAGGUAGCAAGCAGGUGUUCCUUUCGGUCGCAUGCAGCCAAGCCAGCCCCCUUAACUUCUCCUUCAGGUUCUCAAUCUACCAACCCUGGUAAGGUAAAUAAGAUGAUUCUUUAUUUUAAGGGGUAUAAUAUUCCAGUUGCACAAUUUUUAGGUACCAAUGACAAGGAACUGUUGAUUUGCCAUCUAAAAAUCAACAACAUCCAGAACAAGUUUGAAGAACUAGCUGCAACCAUCAACAAGAUAAGCGCUCAUAUAGUGUUUGUUAGUGAAACCAAGAUUGAUGCUAGCUAUCCUGACGAGCAAUUUUCUAUCCCUGGCUACGUAUUUUACCGAAAUCAUAGAAAAAAGGGUGGCAGAGGUAUAAUGGCUCUGGUAUCAUCUUUCCUUUCUGAGAAAAGGCUUAAACCAGAUAAGCACUAUAAAACACUCAAACUCAUAGCACUGGAAAUAAAGACUGUCUCUGGAAAUAUUAUUCUUGGUAUUUAUCGUCCACCAAGAUCUGUGUGCGGCGACUACCAAUUACUUCUUGAAAACAAACUCCUUGACAUCUGUAACUGGGCCAGCCUCCAAAGCAACACUGUGGUGGUAAUUGGCGACUUAAAUCUAGACAGAUUGCGCCCUGACAAGCCCAAGGGGAAUAUUUUAUUGGAUUUGGAAAACAAACAAGGUUUCAAAUGUUUAAUUACAAAAUCCACAAGAGUAGAGAAUUGA